CAGCCAGGAAAAGACGCCGACCCGGACUUCGGGUCUUUUCUCUGGUCCCUGUUUGAAUGUGUCGGACCCCUCCAGUCCCACAAACCCACCGGUCCUCAUUUACCGGAGCCACAGUCCAAGAGAGAGAGAGAGAGAGAGAGAGAGAGAUAAAGAAAGGAGGGGAGUUUAUUUCUUUCUUGGAACCGGAUUGAUUUUUUUUCUUCUCCCCCCCCCCCCCCCCUGACCGAAUCUGGAUUGUUCGCUUCCUCUGUGGGGGGGCCGCCGCUGCAGGACCGGAGCCGAUGCUACCGUCACAGAAACCGGUUUAGAAACGUCGGAACACCGAGGGACGGUGGAGAUCUGUUCCUUCCCAUCCGGGUAGGUCAAUCAUUGUCGCCACUGCGGUUGUCAAGUUGGAUCCCCCGCUGUGAAAUGGACAAACCCCUCUGAAAACUGCAAAGACGCCGCUCUCCGCCCCACCGACACCCAGCCGCAGGACGGGAUCCGGGACGAGGACUACCCCCGUAGUGGAGGGACCAGAACAUGUUGACUCCCCUGUUUCCGUGGUAACCCGAGAGGAGCAUGCACGUCCGGGUCAGGAGCUAACCGCAGAACCACACUACCCACAAAUCCUGUGAACUGACGGCCCAGUCUGACGCUCAGAACACAAAAUACAUUAAAAAGACACUCGGAGGAAUUUAAAAACUACAGAAGAGAAAAACCAACACUAACGAACACUGCUGCUGCGAAGAGGACCGACAUGGCCAACAACACGGCGGACCACCCUCCGGGGAACUCCGUUGCCGAGGGCAACCAUGACGGGGACUUUGGGGUGACCGUGAUGGACCUGAGGGAGCUGAUGGAGCUGCGGAGCGCCGAGGCCGUCGGCAAGAUACAGGACGUGCACGGAGACGUGCAGGGCAUCUGCCGCCGCCUGAAAACAUCGCCCAUAGAAGGUCUGUCUGGUAACCCCGUGGAUUUGGAGAAACGUCACGCGGCGUUCGGCAAGAACUUCAUCCCCCCCAAGAAGGCCAAGACGUUCCUGCAGCUGGUGUGGGAGGCGCUGCAGGACGUCACGCUCAUUAUUCUGGAAAUCGCCGCCAUCAUCUCGCUGGGCCUGUCCUUCUACCAUCCACCAGGGGGCGACAGUGAAGCAUGUGGCGAGGCUGCCAGUGGCGUCGAGGACGAGGGCGAGGCCCAGGCCGGUUGGAUCGAGGGCGCCGCCAUCCUGUUCUCGGUCAUCAUCGUCGUCCUGGUGACGGCCUUCAACGACUGGUCCAAGGAGAAGCAGUUCCGCGGGCUGCAGAGUCGCAUCGAGCAAGAGCAAAAGUUUACCGUCAUCCGCAAAGGCCAGGUCAUCCAGAUCCCUGUGGCCGAGCUCGUGGUGGGAGACAUCGCUCAGAUCAAAUAUGGAGACUUGCUGCCUGCUGACGGGAUCCUGAUCCAAGGCAACGACCUGAAGAUUGACGAGAGCUCUCUCACUGGAGAGUCCGAUCAAGUCCGAAAGUCUAUGGAGAAGGACCCCAUGCUGCUGUCCGGGACCCACGUCAUGGAGGGAUCAGGCAGGAUGGUGGUGUCAGCCGUCGGCCUCAACUCUCAAACCGGCAUCAUCUUCACUCUGCUGGGCGCCAGCGAGAGCGACGAAGAGAAGAAGGUCAAGAAAAGUAAAAAACAAGGACCCCCCGAAAAUCGCAACAAAGCCAAAACCCAGGACGGCAUCGCCCUGGAGAUCCAGCCGCUGAAGAGCGAGGAGGCCGCCGAGUCGGAGGAGAAGGAGGACAAGGAGGAGGCCAAGCCGGUGAAGAAGGUCAACGUGACCAAGAAGGAGAAGUCGGUGCUGCAGGGCAAACUGACCAAACUGGCUGUACAGAUCGGGAAGGCUGGUCUGAUCAUGUCGGCCGUGACCGUCAUCAUCCUCAUCCUCUUCUUCGUGAUCGACACCUUCGGGAUCCAGGGUCGCACCUGGGUGGCCGAGUGCACCCCCAUCUACAUCCAGUACUUCGUGAAGUUCUUCAUCAUCGGCGUGACGGUGCUGGUGGUGGCCGUUCCUGAGGGGCUGCCGCUCGCCGUCACCAUCUCUCUGGCCUACUCCGUCAAGAAAAUGAUGAAGGACAACAACCUGGUGCGUCACCUGGACGCCUGUGAGACCAUGGGCAACGCCACGGCCAUCUGCUCGGACAAGACGGGCACGCUGACCAUGAACCGCAUGACGGUGGUGCAGGCGUACGUCGGCGACACGCACUACAAAAAGGUCCCCGAACCCGACGCCAUCAAACCAGAAACUCUGGAAGUCAUGGUCAACAGUAUCUCCAUCAACUCGGCGUACACCACCAAGAUUCUGCCUCCGGAGAAAGAGGGCGGCCUGCCUCGCCACGUGGGCAACAAGACGGAGUGCGCUCUGCUGGGCUUGGUGCUGGAGCUGAAGAGGGACUACCAGCCAAUCAGAGAGGAGAUCCCCGAAGAGAAACUCUACAAGGUGUACACAUUCAACUCCUCCCGCAAGUCCAUGAGCACGGUGCUGAAGAACGCCGACGGAGGUUACCGCAUGUACAGCAAAGGAGCGUCGGAGAUCGUCCUGCGAAAAUGCUCCAGCGUCUUGGACGCCCAGGGUAAGGCCCGCGUGUUCAAGCUCAAGGACCGCGACGAGAUGGUGCACAAGGUGAUUGAGCCGAUGGCGUGCGACGGUCUGAGGACCAUCUGCGUGGCCUACAGGGACUUCCCCGCCGAGGCCGGGGAGCCCAACUGGGAAAACGAGAACGAAAUCCUGAACGACCUCACCUGCAUCGUCGUGGUCGGCAUCGAGGACCCCGUCAGACCCGAGGUGCCCGAGGCUAUUUCUAAGUGCCAGCGUGCGGGCAUCACCGUGCGCAUGGUUACCGGGGACAACAUCAACACCGCCCGCGCCAUCGCUACCAAGUGCGGCAUCCUGCUGCCCGGCGAGGACUUCCUGUGUAUGGAGGGCAAAGAGUUCAACCAGCAGAUCAGGAACGACCAGGGAGAGGUGGAACAAGAGCGUCUGGACAAAGUUUGGCCCAGACUUCGCGUCCUGGCUCGUUCUUCACCGACGGACAAACACACGCUGGUCAAAGGUAUCAUCGACAGCACGGUGCUUGAGCCCCGGCAGGUGGUGGCGGUGACGGGAGACGGCACCAACGACGGCCCCGCUCUCAAGAAGGCCGACGUUGGCUUCGCCAUGGGAAUCGCCGGCACAGACGUGGCCAAGGAGGCGUCCGACAUCAUCCUGACCGACGACAACUUCACCAGCAUCGUGAAGGCCGUCAUGUGGGGGAGGAACGUCUACGACAGCAUCUCCAAGUUCCUGCAGUUCCAGCUGACCGUCAACGUGGUGGCCGUGAUCGUGGCGUUCACCGGCGCCUGCAUCACACAGGACUCCCCUCUGAAGGCCGUCCAGAUGCUCUGGGUCAACCUCAUCAUGGACACCCUGGCGUCUCUCGCUCUGGCCACCGAGCCGCCCACCGAGUCUCUGCUGCUACGUAGGCCGUACGGCCGCAACAAGCCUCUCAUCUCCAGGACCAUGAUGAAGAACAUCCUGGGUCACGCCGUGUACCAGCUCGUCAUCAUCUUCACCCUGCUCUUCGCUGGCGAGAAGAUCUUCGACAUCGACAACGGACGCAACUCCCCUCUGCACUCGCCGCCGUCGGAGCACUACACCAUCGUGUUCAACGUGUUCGUCAUGAUGCAGCUCUUCAACGAGAUCAACGCCAGGAAGAUUCACGGGGAGAGGAACGUGUUCGAGGGCAUCUACAGGAACCCCAUCUUCUGCAGCGUCGUGCUGGGGACCUUCGUCCUGCAGAUCGUCAUCGUUCAGUUUGGAGGGAAGCCGUUCUCCUGCACGUCUCUGACCAUCGACCAGUGGCUGUGGUGCGUCUUCAUCGGCGUCGGAGAGCUGCUGUGGGGACAGCUGAUCUCGGCCAUCCCCACCCACCACCUGAAGUUCCUGAAGGAAGCCGGUCACGGCGCCACGAAGGAGGAGAUCCACGCGGAGGAGCUGACGGAGGGCGCCGACGAGAUCGACCACGCGGAGAUGGAGCUGCGGAGAGGCCAGAUCCUCUGGUUCAGGGGCCUGAACCGCAUCCAGACGCAGAUGGAUGUGGUCUAUACCUUCCAGACGGGCCAGGCUCCGGUGCCCGGUGCCCUGCGCCGCCAGCCGUCCGUCGUCAGCCAGCACAAUGACAUUAAGGUGGUGAACGCGUUCCGUAGCUCCUUGUACCCGCUGGAGAGCCCAGAGUCCCGUAGCGCCAUCCACUGCUUCAUGGCCCAUCCCGAGUUCGUCCCCCAGUCCGAGGAGGAGGCUCGCAUCCCCAUCAUCGAGGAGACCGGAGACGAGAUCGAGAUCGACCCCCUCCCCAGCUCCUCCUCUGCCGGGGCGGAGGGGGGAGGAGGAGGAGGAGGAGAGCCGCCCAGCGCCUCCCCACGCAGCUACGAGUCAUCCAUCUGAGCUCCUUCCUCCUCCUCCUCCUCCUCCUCUUCCUCCUCCUCCUCCUCUUUAUCAGCAUCAUCUGUCAUCCCACCAACUGAACUGUCGCACUGAGGAGGGAAGUCGCUCUGCAUCCCGUCAUUCUACAUUUAAACUCUGCGUCAUCCUACACACACACACACACACACACACACACACACACACACACUUCACCCCCCCCCUCUCAGUCAUUCCUGCCACAUUGUGUCUUUCAUACUGACUGUGGCGUCAUUCAGCCUGUAAGUUUGUUCCUCCACCAACAUCACACACACACACACACACACACACUCUUGCAUAUGACAGGGUGAAGUCCAGAGUCUCCACUGUGGAAGGCCCCAUUUUUUAUUUUUUGUCCAUCCUUGUAUAUUUUUUAUUUUUAACCUUUUUUUAAAAGUUUGUUGGGUUCGAUCUCCGCGGGACUCGCAGCAUGUCGCUUCAUUCCGCCGCACAGAACUUGUCAAAGAGUGCAGAUCCUCAUGUACAUAGGCUUGUUUACACUCCUCUACACAGCUAUCAGCCGGGGGGGGGGGGGGGGGGUGUUGGCAAAGAUUUUUAGGCUAAAUGUAACCUUUUUGUUGUUGUUUUUAUUUGUUUUUAAAACAACCUCUAACGAAUGUGGUUGAUUCAGAAUGUCUUGAGUGCGACACACUACAGUGUUUAAAGACGUGUUCUCCCCUUUA